AUGCGCCUCUUCACACUUGCUCUAGGACUUAAUGUGCUAGCUGGGUUGGGUCCUUCGUCUGCGGAGGGAUUAGCCAGCGAUCCAAUAACUAUCAUUCUUGGUUCUAAUAGUACCAUCACCCUGAAAGGCAACUCAUCUACAUCUGAAGUAAUCCUCGACUAUGGCGCCAACGUUGAAGGCUUCCCAGCAUUCGAGAUUACUAGUGUUAGCGGCGACACGUCAAGGCUCCAGAUUACUUAUAGCGAAUCUCUUGCUGUUUUGCUGAGUUCUCCUACUAGCGAUGGCCCGCUUGGACUGGCCGCUGCCAUGGAUACCUAUCGAAUUAAUAACUACAACAUUACCGAGCCAACGAACAAAACGAACAGACUCAUCCAGGGAGGCUUUCGCUACCAAAAGUUGGCUCUCUUGACCCCAGGCGAUAUGGUAUUAGCCAAAGUGGGCGUGAGACCAUCGGUUUCCACAACGCCCAUCACUUCGCUUCCUGGGUCCUUUCAGUGUUCCGAUGACCGAAUCAAUCAGAUUUGGAACGUGGGCGCAAGAACUAUCCAAAUGAACGAGAUUCCUGCACGUUCCAUUCCUGAUUUCUGGGAAGUAUCUUCCGAGGGAUCGUUGGUGCACAGUUUAGCGCCACAAAGCCUGUCCGGUGUCGUUGCAUCGUCACUCAUGGAGUACGAGAUCGAGUUCGACGUCAGACCUAUCGCUGGUGGUUUCUCAUUCUCUGCUCUCGCAAGUACGCUGAACGAUGGUGUCUAUAUUUGGUGCAACAUCGCCAAUGGAUCGAUUAGCGCGAACUCGGGAUCUUCAGAGAGUGUCGACUUCCUCGCGUUUGCUACUCUGCCAGCCAACAUCACGGUCGGGGACUGGUACCAUGUGAAGGCUGCUAUCAACGCUGAGUCAAUCUCCAUCUACGUCGGCUCGAUCAAGGUACUGGAAUUUUCGCAGACCUACGCUUUUUACGGUUCCUCUGGACUAGGUGCUGCUCUUGGUCAGUCUGCAAUGUUCCGUAAUUUCACCUUGGCUAGCCCAGCAGUCAACUUUGAAUACUCGACACAGCUGACCGACACCACGUUCCUUCCGGACUUUCUCAUGGGCACUAAUCCUCUCGCCGCCGCUGUGGAUGGUUCGAAACGCGACCGUAUUUCUUACGCUGGAGAUCUUGAUGUUGCUGUUGGCUCUACCAUGGUUAGCACGGUCGGUGUUGAAUACAUCAUGGGGACUCUAGAGCUAUUGGGCUCCUCGCAGAUGACACCCGGUUUCUUCAGUCCGACGGCAAAAAUCCAGCAGGAGCCAUAUUCUAAGCCCCUCGAGAGCAAUAUCACUGGACUUAUCGGCUACUCCUUCAACAUGGUCACAGCAGUCGCCAAUUUCUACCAGUAUACAGGAAACACGAGCAUUGCGAAGGAGUGGGCACCCAAAGUUGUUCGCAUGCUAGACUGGGCAGAUUCUCAGGUCCUUCCUGGUAACGGGCUGUUCAACAUCUCUAAUCCUGCUUUCGGUGGCGACUGGAACUAUUACGACCCUUCACAAAGCGGCGUUGUGACCAAGUUCAACAUGGUUUACGCCUAUGCGCUCCAGUCCUCUCUCACCAUGUUAGAUGAUGCGGGUGUCAAUACAACUACAUAUCGGUCUCGUUUGGAUGCACUCCGUGCAGCAAUCAACACCCAUCUCUGGAACAACGAACUUGGAGCCUUUUAUAUCUCUGAAGCUCUAACAAAUAGCUUUGGACAAGACAGUAACGCCCUUGCCAUCCUUGCAGGAGUAACGAACUCAAAUCACACUUCGUCGCAAGUGUUGAGCACUUUGUCAGAACUUUCCACACCAAGCGGGCCUCUAGCAUUCUCCAACGGUACCGUUGCUGCCGGUUUCCGAAAACUCAUCAGCCCAUAUGCUUCAGCUUAUCAUCUCAGAGCAGCGUUUGCUGCAGGAGACGCAACGGUCGCCAACGAGCUGCUGCAUUCUCUAUGGUACCCGAUGGCUGAUCCCGCUGGUGCGAACUAUACCGGAUGCUUCUGGGAAACCCUCGACGCAAAUGGCGGACCUGGAUUAGGAGCAAUCACCAGCCUUUGUCACGCAUGGGCGUCUGGACCCACAGGCGAACUCAGUACCUACGUACUGGGUGCGACAGCUACUAAACCUGGUUUUCAGGAGUGGCGGGUUUCGCCAAUGACUCUAGGAUUGUCUUGGGCAGCUGGCACAAUCCCUGUGCCAAAUGGUGGUAUCUACGUUGCGUGGAAUGCGACUGAGGGGCAAAUUAUCCACCUAACGAUCGAGAGCCCUGCUGAUACCAAGGGUGUUGUUUCUCUACCCGCCUGCGGUGACGACCCGACCUGGAAAUUGAAUGGACAAGCUAUUAGUACUAGUAACGGCACUUUUGCUGUUAACGGUGGGCAAAAUCUUGUAUUUUCGCUUUCUUAA